UCACAAUCAGCAGCUGUAUCGCGUAUUUUUACGAAAAUUUUCAAUUGCCACUUUCAGAUUGAUUGCAUUUGCGAAGCACUUUAUCAAGCUCGAGAUGGCGAUAAACUCGUGGAGUUAUUUCGUCCAGAUAUUCAAAAUAUCAUGUUCUAUCGUUGUCGAUACUCGAGUUCUAUUUUAAGAGCCUACCUCUACACACUGUUUCACUCUCGGCGUUUUGAUGAACUUUUUCAGGCAAUUACGACAAACACUUUCGAACCGAGGUACUUCGAGGAGCUGCAAGAUUUAUGGUAUAAGGCUCGAUACGCUGAGAAUGAGCAGAGGCGUCAAAAAGAGUUGGGUGCAGUUGAGAAAUACAGACUAAGAAAGAAGCAUCCUCCACCAAGAUCGAUCUGGGAUGGACAAGAGACUAUCUACAGUUUCAAGGAAAAUGCCAGAAAGGUCUUACGACAGUUCUAUAAACGAAAUAAAUACCCGACAUUGGAAGAUAAGAAAGAGAUUGCGCGAAUUACCGACCUACAGAUUGUUCAGAUUUCAAACUGGUUCAAAAACCGACGGCAACGUGACAAAUCGUCCUCAGAUAGAUUCUCGCCACCCGCGCAACUUCAUUUUGAUACUUUGCUCAUCUAG